GGUUUCCUCUCAAGUGGUCGUUGAUGUGUUGGUGUAUUGACAGACUAUUGUCUGAAUUCUGGGUACGAUCACUUCAUUGCAAACGAGUAGAAAAGGCGUAAAAACAUAAUUUUGGAAGCAAACGAGAUGGACCAACGUAAACUGCUGAAUGUGGGUUUAAACGCGGACAUGCUGCAGCAGAGAGGAGUGAAGGAAGAGUGUCCAUCUGAAGAAGAGGUGCAGGAGGCAGAAGUCAGUGAUGCUGUCAUGAAGGAGAGUCUGCAGCAGGGAGACACAGAGGACUCUGAAGACGAGCAGAGUCUAGCAGAGACGGGGAGCACCGAUGAGAGCGAUGUGUUGGAGCUGGUGGUGGGUGAAAAUGCUUCCUCAAGCCCCAGUUUGGAACCGACAGACUCUGAUCUCCCACAUAUUAAAGAGGAACAGGAGCAGUUUUGGAACAUUCAGGAGAGAGAACACCUUCAAGGGCUGGAGGACAUAAAGUUAGCGUUGAAGAAUGAAGAUGAGGAUGAAAAACCUCAGUUCUCACAGCUCCAUCAAAGUCAAGCUGAGAGCAGAAAGGCUGAGCUUCAAACCAGCAGAUCUACUCAACACAUGAAAUCAGAAACGCAUGCAGCUGAGUGUGAAAGACAAAAAGCAGACACAAAAUGUCACCCAAACACAUCUUUGCAAAUAUGUAUUGAUGACAAGGCUUCAGACCUUUCUGAGCCUGAACACACUAGUGAUUGGAAUAAGAUAAGGGGGUGUCAGUCAGGCUUAAACUCUGUGAAAAAUCUUGAAGUUGGUGAAAUUAAGACAUGUAUUAGUGAUGAGCAACCAUUUAAAUGUUCAGAUUGUUGUAAAAUGUUUGACUGCAUGACUAAUCUAACAAGACAUAUGAUGAUUCAUAAACAAGAGAAUACAUUUUUAUGUCCAGAGUGUGGUGAAAGUUUCAGAUGCAAGAGUGAUCUAAAGUCACACAUUUCAGUUCAUACAGCCGAGAAACCAUUUAAUUGCACUAUAUGUGGAAAAACAUUUAGUCACAAGAGUGAGCUGACAUCACACAGGAAAAUUCAUGUAGGAGAGAAACCAUUUAACUGCACUGUAUGUGGAAAAACAUUUCGUCGCAAGAAAGAGCUGACCUCACACAUGAAAAUUCAUACAGGAGAGAAACCAUUUAGCUGUUCUGAAUGUGGUAAAAGAUUUCGGCAAAAAAACCAAAUUAACGACCAUAUGAAGGUUCAUACAGGAGAGAAACCAUUUAGCUGCUCACAAUGCGGUAAAAAAUUUCGCCUCAAAAGGCAACUGAAUUGCCAUACGAAAAUUCAUGCAAGAGAGAAACGAUUCACCUGUCCUGAAUGUGGCAAAAAGUGCAAGGGUGAUCUAGAGUCACACAUGAGAAUUCAUACAGGAGAGAAAGCAUUUACUUGCACUGAAUGUAAUAAAAGUUUUAGAUACAAGAGUGAUCUGAAUUCACACAUCAGGUGUCAUACAGGAGAGAAACCAUUUAGCUGCUCUGAAUGCGGUAAAAGCUUUCGCCUCAAGGGCCAAAUGAAUGACCAUAUGAAAAUUCAUACAGGAGAGAAACCAUUUAGUUGUGCUGACUGUGGUAAAAAAUUCUCUAGUGGUAACAAUCUAAAGGCACAUAAAAGAAUUCAUACAGGAGAUAAACCAUUUAUCUGCCCAUUCUGUGGGAAAAGAUUGAGAGAGAAGUCAAAAUUAGUGUAUCACAUUCGAUGUCAUACUGGAGAAAAACCUUUCAAGUGUUCAGUCUGUCAGAAAAGUUUUAGGCAGAAAGGGCAAGUUGCGAGACAUAUGGCGGUCCACACAGGAGAGAGACCUCAUAUUUGCUCAGUUUGUAGUAAAGGUUUUGCACGUAAAGAUUAUCUGUCUUGUCAUAUGACAUCCCACACAACAGGGAAAAGUUUUUUGUGAUUUGUGGUUUCAGACAUGAAAAAGGAAUGCACAUUUGAUAAACUGUUGAGGUGGCAGACACUGAUUUCUUUUUGUAUAACUCCUUUGUUUUAUCUGUCAGUAUCUUGUUUGUGGUUAUGUACAUACUGAUUAUACACUGUGGGACAGUAAAUGACACACCUAUCAAUCACUGACAGGUAAAAUUAAGCCAGUUUUAGCAAAGACUGUUGUUGCCAUCUUGCUCCCUUUUAUUGGGGGGGAAAACUCUGAGCAGUAGAUUUCAGUAGGAUAGAACCACACUGUAUUUUAAUGGAACAUGCACUUCAUGCUAGCAUUCAUCUGCAACUGGGUUCAAAAGCCUUAAAAAUACAGUUGGCCAGUCACAAGAAUCUGUGAUCUAACUAUGACUACAAAUUCUAAAAAAAGAAACAAAAACAAAAAAAUUGAAAUUUAAUAAAAUCCACUGAAUGAUUGAACACAUGACAAGCUUCUGGAAAUUCUUGUGACUAUUAACAAGAAAUGUUUUGUACUAAUGUAAAUGUAAGUUGUUUUUGUUUUGUUUUGUGUUUGUUUGUUUUCCCCUUUUCCAUCUGCUGACUGAAAAAUAUCUGGUGUUUCCCAAAAUCUUUUUUGGGUAUAAUAUCAUGGGUUGAUGGUCUUUUACAGAUUAUUAGGGAAAAAACUACUAUCUGUUGGAAAUGGUUAUUUUCCUUAUUUACACUAAGAUUUAUUUAGAAUGCUAUAAUAGAAUUACUUUAGAAUUGCAUUAUGUAUUGAGUACUAGUGUCACAGUGUUAC